UUUCGAAGAGAAAGUUGAUUUCAAAAGAGGAUGUUGAGGAUGUUAGAAGGGAAAUUCAGAUAAUGCAUCAUUUGUCUGGUCAUAAGAAUAUUGUUACCAUUAAGGGAGCUUAUGAGGAUCCUUUAUAUGUUCAUAUUGUUAUGGAGAUAUGUAGUGGUGGUGAAUUGUUUGAUCGUAUUAUUCAACGAGGUCAUUAUAGUGAGAGAAAGGCAGCUGAAUUGACUAAAAUUAUUGUUGGGGUUGUUGAGGCGUGUCAUUCACUUGGCGUUAUGCAUAGAGAUUUAAAACCUGAGAAUUUCCUGUUGGUUAAUAAGGAUGAUGAUUUCUCUCUUAAGGCCAUCGAUUUUGGACUCUCUGUUUUCUUUAAGCCAUGCCAAAUAUUCACAGAUGUUGUUGGUAGUCCAUAUUAUGUCACUCCUGAGGUGCUUUUGAAGCAUUUUGGUCCCCAAGCAGAUGUGUGGACAGCAAGAGUCAUACUCUACAUACUGCUAAGUGGUGUGCCACCAUUUUGGGCAGGUAUAUCCUCUAAUAAUUUUAAUAUGUAUAUCUCUUGCUAAUAUAUAUAUAUAUAU